AUGGAAAUAUGCUCAUUCGAUCCCUCGAAAUUUUCAACUGCUCGUGUUUUGUUCGUUGUCCUCCGUGGUAUGUUACAUGUCGUCCAGUAUAUUGGCGAAGUUUGUCGGUACUUGGUAGCACAGCCUCCCAAAGAGACAGAUACACAGCAUCACGUCCGCCUCGCUUUCGGCAACGGGCUGCGCAAGGAGGUAUGGACGGAGUUUCAGCGACGGUUCAAAGUUCCACUCAUUGGUGAACUCUACGGUGCGACUGAGUCCAACUCCAGCAUAAUUAAUUGUGAUGGAAAGCCUGGUGCUAUUGGAUUUAUCCCUCAAAGCAUCAAGGGAAUAUAUCCAAUCUAUCUGAUCAAAAUGGACCCCAUUACGGAAGAGCCGGUGCGAGAUCCCGACUCCGGAUUGUGCAUUGAAUGUGAGCCAAACGAACCGGGACAGCUGAUUGGCCGCAUCAACAAUCGCAAUCCUUCACGUUUCUACGAUGGCUACGUGAAUAAGGAGGCCUCCGAUAAAAAGAUUUUGCGGAAUGUUUUCCGACCAGGCGAUACCUGGUUCGCUUCCGGUGAUUUGCUCUACCGAGACGAACUUGGCUACCUUUACUUCAGCGAUCGUCUCGGUGACACCUUCAGGUGGCGUGGUGAAAAUGUUUCAACAUCCGAGGUCGAAGCUGUUAUGCUCCGGGCCUUUCCGGAUAUGGUUGUCAGUGUCUACGGUGUGUCUGUCCCUGGUAACGAAGGUAAAGCCGGUAUGGCAGCUAUCGUGGUGAAUUUUAACGAACUUCUACCGGACGAAGAACAGAGCAUGGUGCAGAAAAUACUCCAGGAAGUUACGAAUCAUCUGCCGGUUUACGCACGUCCUUUGUUCCUUCGGCUUUGUGAGCGCAUCGAAAUGACCAGCACGUUUAAAAUGCGAAAGGUCGAACUUGUGAAAGCUGGAUUCGAUCCGAGCGUGGAAGGCGACCACGUCUAUUGGCUGAAUUCAAAAUCAAACGCCUACUGCCGUUUAGACAAGGAAACUUUCGACCAACUGCAGCAAGGCGCCAUCCGACUGUGAUCACAUCCGUCGUCUGCCUGAUUGAUUCAUUCAGAUGAUUCGGAAUUCAUUCACCUCCCCACUUUCCCCAAUCCUUUCCAUCCUCCUUGGUGUCUUUAGAGCCAUGCCUUUUAGGCACGCGUUGAGUCGUUUUAUGCUUUCGAGUGUCUAGCUCAACCUGUUAUUUGUUCCCUUCAGUCUCUGCGAUUCAACGUUUUUGGGAUUAGAUCAGACUCCGAUUUCUUGUGGCAGUCUGAUUUGCUUAUUUCCACAUGUUCCUGUUUUUAUAAUGCGUGCUCCAUUUUCUGAGCUUCGAACCUGACAGAUUCCAUCUACCGUUAAACCCCAGAUCGUUCCUGCUCUGAUUUUGCUCGCGCUCCGUGAGCGAUUCGCUUGCCCUUGCCCUAUUUCUUUAUGCCCAUUUAUAUCCAAUCAUCUCAUUUGUGUACAUGCACUUACCUAAGCGCGCUGUGCGGCAACCUUCUGCUAACCGAGUCAGUGUGUCUACCAUUUCACAACAAGUGCUUUCCUUUCACACCUUUCUGCUAAUUUUUGCUAACGUUGCUCUACUCGAGUGUUUGUAUGCACAUAGCAAAACCGAUUCGAUAAACGCACCAUACUUUUUCACCAGCACACGAGACUUCUGUUUUCUUUUCGGUUACCGCGCAGACUUCCAUCUUUCCCA